AUGGACAGACUACCGGUUAGCAAAGUAGAAAUAAAAGAUCGAAACAUUCAGACAAUUCGAAAAGAAAAACAAACAAUUGAAAUCAAUCGUUUAAUAGAACCAAUCUUUAAACAUGUACGUCGACGUAAAUCGGGUAUAAAUGGUUUGAUAUCCUACAAAGGUAGUGGAUAUGAAAAUAUUCAAGAACAUUCGGGUAAUAAAAUUACAAUUACAUACAGAGAUCAAGAAAGAAAUAUUCAGGUAUUAUACAAUGGACAAGAAAUAGUUGGAGACUGGACAACAAUAAAUGAAUAUACAGUUGAACAUUAA